CACAACACCACACCGACUCUUCUCAUCAGGUGUGAACUUCUUCUCUACUACAUCACCCUCGAAAUCAUUGCGUUUCGAGCCUUGUCCUCCAUCACCCGCAUCAAACCCUCCACCGCCAUCACCAUGGUGCAAUCCUCCAUCCUCGGUUUCCCUCGCAUGGGACGUCUCCGCGACCUCAAGAAGGCCAACGAGGCUUACUGGGGCGAGAAGCUCUCCCGUGAUGACCUCCUCGCCGAGGGAAAGAGACUGAGACUCGAGCACUGGAAGAUUCAGAAGAACGCCGGCGUCGACAUCAUCCCCAGCAAUGACUUCGCCCACUACGACCACGUCUUGGACCACAUCCAGAUGUUCAACGCCGCUCCUGAGCGAUACACCAAGCACAACCUCGCUCCCAUUGACGAGUACUUCGCCAUGGGUCGUGGCCACCAGAAGGGUGACGUCGAUGUCCCAUCUCUCGAGAUGGUGAAGUGGUUCGACUCCAACUACCACUACGUCAAGCCUACCCUUCAGGACAACCAGACCUUCAAGCUUGUCCAGAACCCAAAGCCCGUUGCUGAGUUCCUCGAGGCCAAGGAGGCUGGCAUCACCACCCGCCCUGUCCUCCUGGGACCCGUCUCUUUCCUCCACCUCGGAAAGGCCGACCGUGGCCAGAGCGUUGACCCAAUCACUCUGCUUGAGAAGCUUCUCCCAGUUUACGAGGAGCUCCUCACCAAGCUCAAGGAGGCUGGUGCCGAGACUGUCCAGAUCGAUGAGCCCAUUCUCGUCUACGAUCUCCCACAAAAGACUCGUGCUGCCUUCAAGCCAGCAUACGAGAAGCUUGCCGCUCUCCAGGGCAGCAAGGGACCUCAACUCAUCGUCGCCACCUACUUCGGUGACAUCGUCCACAACCUUGACGUUGUCGACCAGGCCUUGACUGGUGUGUCUGGUCUCCACAUCGACCUCGUCCGCAACCCAGAGCAGCUCAACAAGGUCAUUGAGCACCUCGGACCAAAGCAGAUCCUCUCCGCCGGUCUCGUUGACGGCCGCAACAUCUGGAAGACCAACUUCAAGCGUGCUAUUGAGACUGCCGAGGCCGCCAUCCAGAAGCUCGGAAAGGACCGCGUUAUUGUCGCCACCUCCAGCUCUCUCCUCCACACCCCACACACUCUUGACAGCGAGAAGAACCUCGACGAGGAGGUCCGCGACUGGUUCGCCUUUGCCACCGAGAAGGCUACUGAGGUUGCCAUCCUCGCCAAGGCCGUCACCGAUGGUCCAAAGAGCGUCGAGGCUGAGCUCGAGGCCAACGCCAAGAGCAUGAACUCCCGCGCUACCUCCAAGCGCACCAACAACCCAGAGGUCAAGAAGCGUGUCGAGGCUGUCCAGAAGGCCGACUACGAACGCAAGUCUCCCUUCCCCACCCGUCUCGCCGCACAGAAGGAGCACCUCAAGCUCCCCGAGUUCCCGACCACCACCAUCGGAUCCUUCCCUCAGACCAAGGACAUCCGUAUCCAGCGCAACAAGUUCACCAAGGGUGAGAUCACCGCCGAGGAGUACGAGAAGUUCAUCGAGAAGGAGAUUCGCGACUGCAUCGCCAUCCAGGAAGAGCUUGGCCUCGACGUCUACGUCCACGGUGAGCCAGAGCGCAACGACAUGGUGCAAUACUUUGGUGAGCGUCUCGAUGGUUACGCUUUCACCACCCACGCCUGGGUUCAGUCCUACGGCUCCCGCUGCGUGCGUCCGCCAAUCCUUGUUGGUGACGUUUCUCGCCCAGCACCCAUGACCGUCAAGGAGUCCAAGUACGCGGCCUCUGUCAGCAAGAAACCAAUGAAGGGCAUGCUUACUGGUCCCAUCACCUGCCUCCGCUGGUCAUUCCCUCGUGAUGAUGUCCACCAGUCCGUCCAGGCUCAGCAGCUCGCUCUCGCCCUCCGCGAUGAGGUUGUUGACCUUGAGAAGGCCGGCGUCAAUGUCAUUCAGGUCGACGAGCCCGCUCUUCGUGAGGGUCUUCCCCUCCGCGCCGGUUCCGAGCGUGAGAAGUACCUCACCUGGGCCGUCGAGAGCUUCAAGCUUUCCACCGCCGGUGUCGAGGACUCCACCCAGAUCCACUCCCACUUCUGCUACUCCGAGUUCCAAGACUUCUUCCACGCCAUCGCCGCCCUCGACGCCGAUGUCCUCUCCAUUGAGAACUCCAAGUCGGACGCCAAGCUCCUCAAGGUCUUCAUCGACGAGGCCUACCCUCGCCACAUCGGACCCGGUGUCUACGACAUCCACUCCCCUCGUGUUCCUUCUGAGCAGGAGAUCAAGGACCGCAUCGAGGAGAUGUUGCAGUACCUCAAGCCCGAGCAGCUGUGGAUCAACCCCGACUGUGGUCUCAAGACACGCCAGUGGAAGGAGACCAAGGCUGCGUUGAGCAACAUGGUCAGCGCCGCCAAGUUCUACCGUGAGAAGCACGCUUCCAAGUAAGAGGUCCGCCUGUUUGCUUGUGACUGUGUGUUGAUUACGGUCGGAAUGUUUACGAGUUUCCUUUGUUGCAUUGGCGGGUGCGGCGGGCGAUUUUGACUUGUCAUCAAGUCGAUAUCGCCAAAAGCUGGGGCAGCGACUCAACCUGCUGCUCCUUUGAUCUUUUUCAACAAGUGAUACCCAGAGAGAAUUU